GGUUAACGAACAAAGAGUUCGUUCAUUACUCUCUAUAGAGCGCUGUCUAUAGAAUAGGCACGUGACUUAUAUACGCGGCGUAAUUAGUGGGGAUAUGGGUGCUUUGAGGUGUACGCGCUAUGGCUAGGUAUAAAGUAGAUGUCUAUUUCAUAUGGGAUCCUUAUAUCUUAACAUUUACUAACGGAUAAAGAGGGCAGCCCUACAAUUCUAGGUUCUUGGCUAGAUAAGUUGCGAUCGGGGAGGAACUACCUCGGAGCCUGAAGGGGUUAGUGCCGGAGCUUCUGACACGUACACUAAAAUAGUCGCGGGCCGCCUCAAUCACUGAAAAUAGCAGUGUACUACGUCGUCCCUGCACCACGCCAAAACACCUGGCGCAUUAUAUCGUCGGCUUCUCUCCACUGCAUCUUUAUCGAUCUCUACAACAUGGCGUCUUUUCAUGCCUGUCCCAGAGAACUCACAGACUCCAUCCUUGAGCAGGUCUCGACCUGUGACCUUGCCGCCCUGAGCCUCACAAGCAAAAAGUUACAUGCAGCGGCAACUCCAUUGCUCUAUUCUCGAAUCAACUUUAGCAUCUAUCGGGACAACCCACGCCCCCUAAUACACCUUUGUCGAAGCAUUUUUCAGAACCCUGAGCUAGCGAUAUAUAUAAAGUCUGUGCGUUUGCGCGACGGCGAACCCGAAAUUCAGAAGCUUUUCCAACAUCCCUACAAUCAUCAGUCGCGGACACCCAAGGCCUCUCCACCACAGCCGACAGACGAAGAUGGCCUGCCUGAAUUCGUCUCAUUCAUCGCGGGUUCUGGCCUGUCGUAUGCCGAUUUCUGGAUAGAGAAAUUGCGCGUAGGCGAUUUGAACGCCUGUGUUGCAUUACUGCUGUCCAAACUGCCCAAACUUACAACUUUUCGCGUUGGAUACGCAGUUGCCUUAGCAGAUCUCGAAGGUCUCGAAUAUGGCAGAAAGCCACCAGAGACCGCGGGCGAGAGCCAGUUCCUCGGCAAAAUUUUCCAAUCUGCCGCCUUUGAUAAAUCAAAUCACGGUAUCUCUCGCUUCCAACACCUCCAGGAUGUCUUUUUCCCUGGCCCAUUGGAAAAUGACCCUGGGCGCAACCCGGAAUUCUCCAACCCGAGGGAUGUGAUGGCACUUCUCAGUCUUCCGUCAAUACGUAGCCUUUCGGGCUGGUGUCUAAACCCCAGCUCGUUCCCGUUCACCUGGCCAGCAGGCCCGCCCAAUCUGUCUCACCUCACCUCGCUGUCUAUGUCAUUCGUCCAUGUCGACUUCUUGGCACAGAUCCUGGAAAGAACCCUGAACCUCAAGAAGCUAAGCUGGGAGUGGAAAUACAUAGCUGACAUCGAUCCGCUAAACACCGACACGAUCGACCUCGACAGAUUCGUUGAAGCCAUAAAACCUUGCCAGGAUACACUCGAGGAUCUCACCAUCGAUUGCAUCAACACCGUCGCCUGGGAUGACUACGAACGUAGGUACAUCAACCUUCGAGGAUCCCUGCACGGCUUGGACCGCUUCGCCAACAUCAAGCGAUUCAAGGCCCCUUUCACACUCCUCCUUCCGGACUGGGAUGACGAACCGAAGGAAUCGACACGAUUGGAAGACAGCAUGCCUCCUAAUGUUGAGGUCGUGACGGUCACGGAUGAGGACUGGGUUCCCGAAUAUCCUUACGAUCGAGAGAGCGAAAUGGCGAAGUUGCGUGCUUGGAUUACUGAGACGGCCGCGACGAGGACGCCAAAACUUGUCGAGAUCUGCUUCUAUCUGACAUUGGCGUCGGAUUGGGUCAGGUAUGAAAAGUAUGAGGACUUUGAGCGGGUUUUUGAGGGAUCGCGGUUGAGGCAUAGGAUUAUUAAGGCGAAGGACGAGGAGCCCUGGAACGACGUGUGAUGGGAGGCGGUGAACGUGCCGCCGAGCAUGUACUAGGUAAUAAGGAGAUUCUAUAGUUGCCUGGGAGAUUGGGGGUUUGUACAGUAGCCGGGGCAAAGUCGGUAGGGAUAGGCCUAUUAAAUAGAUGAUA